GUUUCCCUUAAUUUUAUGCUGUCACACUUAUUAAGGCCGCUUCGUUCAAACUACGGUACCAAAACAAUCGACGAAAAUCAAUUGCUGUCACCAAAAUUACACUCAAUCCAUUGGGUACGAUGCAGACUGAAGCCAGGGUAGGAGUAGUGAUGGAUGGAGGAGGAAGCGCCGGCGGUGGAGGAUGUGGUCGCGGAACAGUCGUUGUGGACGGCGGACCAUCUCCAAAAUUGAUUACUCAGCACCGUCAGCAGUCUCAGAUCGGAACGGUUCCUCAGCUUCUCGCCGGUGGUGUCGCCGGUGCCAUCAGCAAGACAUGCACUGCGCCUCUAGCUCGCCUCACUAUUCUCUUUCAGCUGCAAGGAAUGCACACGGAUGCUGCUAGCUUAAAAAAGGCCAGUAUAUGGCAAGAGGCUUCACGUAUUGUACGUGAAGAAGGAUUUAGGGCAUUUUGGAAGGGUAAUUUGGUCACAAUUGCUCAUCGGCUUCCAUAUUCCUCUAUCAGCUUUUAUGCAUUUGAACGCUACACGAAUGUGUUGCAGUUGAUUUUGGGAGUUGAAAGCCAAGGAGAGAAUAUAACUGCAGACCUAUGUAUACGACUUGUAGGUGGUGGUUUGGCUGGAAUAACUGCUGCUUCUGUUACAUACCCACUGGAUCUUGUUAGGACACAUCUUUCAGCUCAGAUGAAUGUAAUAUAUUACAGAGGCAUAUGGCAUGCAUUACAAACCAUCAGUAGGGAAGAAGGGAUAGCCGGCCUUUAUAAAGGAAUGGGUGCUACUCUAUUGGGGGUUGGCCCAAAUCUGGCAAUCAGCUUUUCUGUUUAUGACACUGUGAGAUCGUACUGGCAGUCUCAUAGACCAGAUGAUUCAACUGUCUUGGUCAGCCUUGCUUGUGGAAGUCUUUCAGGUGUUGCGUCAUCAACAGUUGGCUCCACCAUGUUGGAUAUUUGCACUGGAGCCAUAUGUAUUUGCAGUUAUCAAGUGUGAGAGGCUUCCUCAUUGAGAAAUCCUCAAAGAGAAGAUAAGAGGCAGCAGCGAAAUAACAUGGAUGCACUGGGUAACUAAAUGAUCACACCAACUAAAAUAACAAGUUAACAAAGAGAAAGAAGAAAACAUAUUAUGCAUGAUUUCAAUCCGUUCCCCUCCCAUUGCAUAGUAUCUGUUGGUAUAGGAUAGGAGGCUUCGUUGUAGCAUGCUUUAUUAUUGUCAUCUUACCAGAUUAGAUGCAUCAUCCCAGUGUAAAAUGCUAUUUCUGUCUAAAGAAUAGAAACUUGUAUAUUGACGAAUAGAGAGAUCAAAUUGGGAUAUAAAAAUAGUUGUAGUAGUCCAGUCUGCUUUAUGUUAUUCCAUUGAACAAGCACCCGUGAUUUAAAAGAAAAAAGUGCUAAAAAGCCAUCCUGAGGUGGUUGGUAAAAAAUGAGGAACUAAAACAUACUGUAACUGUGGAAGUGCUAGCAGAAUAGAAGAAAGGCAUAGGAGAAAGAUCAAAGUGGGGAGGAUGAUGAAGCACGAGAAGAAAAGAAAUCAGACACAGACAGAAUUUGAACAAUUACAGGACGAGG